AUGCGAGACCUUCUCCGUCAUAUGGAAACGAUGUGGACCUUACACGACUCUGUUGGAUUGGUUUUCUUUUCCUGUUUGUCGAUCCAGAUCGGAUUUUCUCUUCAAGGCAGAUUCACCGAUCUGCCAUCAAACAUCACUGCCAGGGAGGGCCAGAACAUUGAGAUGGCGUGCGCUUUCCAGAGCGGCACCUCCUCCGUUUACUUGGAGAUCCAGUGGUGGUUCAUCCGCGCUCCUGAGGAGCCGAGAAUGAGCGAGGAGGAGGAGGAAGCAGAGGAGGAGGAGGAGGAGGAGACCGAGAUUGAGCUGAUACCAGAGCCUGACCCAGAUGAUGAAGGAACUAAAAUAAGUACAGUCAAGGUCCAAGGCAAUGACAUUUCCCACAAGCUUCAAAUUGCACGGGUUAGCAAGAGUGAUGAGGGCCUAUAUGAGUGCAGAGUCACUGAUGCCAACUAUGGAGAACUGAAGGAGUACAAGGUCCAGGCUUACCUAAAGGUCAAUGCAACAGUCCGUAGAGGACUCAUCAAGAAGACUUCACCUCUGCACCUGACGAAUAAGAAGCCUCGUAAGAGCAGCUCAGCUUUAGGCCAAGACAGCAACGGUAUGAACUCAGAUCAACACUCCCAGUCUUCCUCUACCUCGCAGGCAUCACAGUCGAAAACAGUCAAACACAGUGCUGGAUCAGGUACCAGGAUAGAUACAAGCUAUGGACUCACUCUCCUGCUUUUUGCUAGUGUUUGUGUGAGGGGAGCCUUGCUAUAG